AACUUCACUUCCAAUCCAACCUUCACCCUCUCAUUACCACCAUUCCCCACUUCCUUCCACAAAAACAUCAAGCAAGUCAAGCCCCCACCUUAACAGUCUCAACACCCUCCUUCUCCUGCUCCUGAAUUUGUGUAAAAGCCUAAAAAACUCCUUCACAAAAUAUGGUCAAACAUUAACUCCAUUUCCUCCUAGUUUCCACCCACCAAAUCAGAACCAUCCAACUAAUCCACCUCCUAAUUAUUUUCUAUUUUUCCAACUCUAUCCAAUAAUUAUUCAAUUCAUAUACAUACCGACAAUGUUGAAAAAACUGAGGAGAAGAGUAAAAACCUUAGUCACUAAGAGUUUUAAGAAACCAAACAAACCCUAUAAACCCCCAACAACAACACCUCCAAGAUCCCCAUCUCCUUCACAACCUGAACCAAGCACCUAUACCAUGGCACCACCACCUCAACCAGAAUCUCUCAAGCCAUUAACCAAACCAUUCCUCUUCCCCAAAACCCAAUCCACAGUCCUCCCUGACCCUUCUCUCUUCUUCUCCCCAACUCUCCUCUCCACUCCUCUCCCCACAAAUUCUUUCUUCCAAAACUUCACUCUCAAAAAUGGUGAUCAACCUGAGUACAUCCAUCCCUACCUUAUCAAAUCCUCACUCUCCUCUCUUUCCCUCUCCUACCCAUCGCGUGUCUUCAACUCAGCUUUCAUCUACCAAGUUUUCAACGCUGACCUCACCAUCUCUGCCUCAGAAAACACCAACCCAGGUUCUCAAAAUACCCACUUUAUCUCUUCCUUCAGUGAUCUCAGUGUCACUUUGGACUUUCCUUCUUCCAAUUUAAGGUUUUUCCUUGUCAGGGGAAGCCCAUUUCUGACAUGUUCUGUCUCUGGUGGCACUGCUAUUUCCAUAUCAACCAUCCAUGCUAUUCUCUCUUUUUCUUCAAACAAUGCUAAAACCAAGUAUACCAUCAAGCUCAACAACAACCAGACAUGGCUUAUAUACACCUCCUCCCCCAUCAGUUUCACACACAGCCUCUCUGUGAUGACAUCUACUGGGUUUUCGGGCAUAAUUCGGAUUGCGGUAUUGCCAGAUUCGGAGCCGAAAUACGAGGCGAUCCUCGAUCAGUUCAGUCCUUGUUACCCUGUUUCCGGUGAUGCAGUAUUCACCAAGCCAUUUUUCUUGGAAUACAAAUGGGAGAAGAAAGGUUGGGGGGAUUUGCUCAUGUUAGCUCACCCCCUUCAUCUUCAGAUACUAUCUGGUGAUGAUUCUAAUGUUACUGUUUUGGAGGAAUUUAAGUAUAAGAGUGUUGAUGGUGAUCUUGUUGGUGUUGUUGGAGAUUCUUGGGCAUUGAAACCUGCCCCUGUGUCUGUGAAUUGGCAUUCAAUAAGAGGUGUCAAAGAAGAAUCAUAUGCUGAGAUUAUUUCUGCGCUUGUUGGGGAUGUUGAGGCUUUGAAUCCUGCAUCGAUGACGAACAAUUCGUCUUAUUUUUAUGGGAAGUUGAUUGCUAGAGCAGCAAGGUUGGCAUUGAUUGCUGAGGAGGUGGGUUUUGUUGACGUGAUUCCGAAGAUAAGGAAGUUCCUGAAGGAUACAAUUGAGCCUUGGUUGGAUGGGACUUUUAGUGGGAAUGGUUUUCUGUAUGAUGCUAAAUGGGGUGGCAUUGUGACUAAGCAAGGUGCUUUGGAUUCUGGGGCUGAUUUUGGGUUUGGUGUUUAUAAUGAUCACCAUUAUCAUUUGGGGUACUUUCUUUAUGCAAUUGCAGUGCUUGCAAAGAUUGACACAGUGUGGGGGAGGAAGUAUAAGCCUCAAGCAUAUACGCUUAUGGCUGAUUUUAUGAACUUGGGCAGGCGGUCAAAUUCUAGUUACACGCGUUUAAGGUGCUUUGACCUUUACAAAUUGCACUCUUGGGCUGGAGGGCUAACUGAGUUUGCUGAUGGGCGGAAUCAAGAGAGCACUAGUGAGGCGGUGAAUGCUUAUUACUCAGCAGCUUUGAUGGGGUUGGCCUAUGGAGACACACAUCUUGUUGCCACUGGAUCAAUGCUUACAGCAUUGGAAAUUCACUCUGCUCAAACAUGGUGGCAUGUGAGAGAGGGAGACAAUAUGUAUGGGGAGGAUUUCACUAGAGAGAACAGGGUGGUGGGUGUAUUGUGGGCUAACAAGAGGGACAGUGGACUAUGGUUUGCACCACCUGAGUGGAGAGAAUGUAGGCUUGGAAUUCAGGUGCUACCCAUAUUGCCAAUCACUGAGAUCUUGUUCUCUGAUGUUGGAUUUGUGAGGGAGCUUGUGAAGUGGACCUUACCUGCUUUAGGGAGAGAGGGAGUUGGAGAAGGGUGGAAGGGAUUUGUAUAUACUUUGGAAGGGAUUUAUGACAAAGAAGGGGCUUUGGGGAAGAUCAAGAACUUGAAUGGUUUUGAUGAUGGGAACUCACUUUCUAAUCUCUUAUGGUGGAUUCACAGCAGAGCUGAUGUGCAGGAAGAGGGGUGUGGGGAAGGAGGAAAAUACUGCUGGUUUGGACACUAUUGUCACUGACUUAGUUUGCCUUACAACUCUGGUUGAGUUUAAUAAGAUAUAAUAUGAUUGAACUUUUUUAUACAAAUAUCAAACUGAAAUGAAUUAUAAGCAUAUUCUUAUUA